AUGGAUUCAGUCAUACCAGCUUACAGGAUCAGGAGUGCAGUCCUUCUAGCCUGGCUACAGCACACUUUUCCAGGCGAAACUGUGGACGUGACUCCAAAAAAACGGAGAGUAUGUCGUUCAUGCUCCCAGACGAGUGGAAAAAACAGAAGUGAGACAUUUGAGAAAUCUUCCUGUAUUUCCAGUAGCCAAAUAGAAACAGUACUGGCACGAGAAGAGGCUAGGAAUGGGUAUGCGUGCAUCAAGUAG